AUGGAGAUGGGCGACUGCCCCAAGGACAAAAAGCUGGGAGUGGAGCGGGAAAAUGUGCAGAAGAGGACCUUCACUCGGUGGAUAAACCUGCAUCUAGAGAAGUGCGACCCUCCUCUGGAAGUUAAAGAUUUGUUCAUUGACAUACAAGAUGGCAGAAUCCUCAUGGCUCUGUUAGAAGUCCUGUCUGGGCGAAAUCUGCUCCACGAAUACAAAUCCUCCUCCCACCGCAUCUUUCGGUUGAACAACAUAGCGAAAGCACUUAAGUUUUUGGAAGAUAGCAACGUAAAACUGGUUAGCAUCGACGCCGCAGAAAUAGCAGACGGCAACCCCUCUUUGGUUCUUGGGCUGAUAUGGAACAUAAUUCUCUUCUUCCAGAUCAAGGAGCUCACCGGCAACCUCAGCAGAAACUCUCCACCUUCCAGCCUGUCACCCGGCUCAGGGGGCACAGACUCAGACUCUUCCUUCCCACCCACGCCCACCGCAGAGAGGAGCGCGGCACUGUCCGUGAAAGACCAGAGGAAGGCCAUCAGGACCCUGCUGGCGUGGGUGCAGAGGAAAACGAGGAAGUAUGGCGUGGCCGUGCAGGACUUUGCAGGCAGCUGGAGGAGUGGGCUGGCCUUCUUGGCUGUGAUCAAGGCCAUUGACCCCAGCCUGGUGGACAUGAAGCAAGCCCUGGAGGACUCCAUGCGGGAAAACCUGGAGAAGGCUUUCAGCAUCGCGCACGACACCCUUCACAUCCCCAGGCUCCUGGAGCCCGAAGACAUCAUGGUGGACACGCCGGACGAGCAGUCUAUCGUGACUUACGUGGCGCAGUUUCUGGAACAUUUCCCGGAGCUGGAAGCAGAGGAUUUUAUGGAUUCAGACAAAGAAGCCCCUAUUGAAUCCACCUUUGUCCGCAUUAAAGAAACGCCUUCUGAGCAGGAGAGCACAGUCUUCUUUCUGGCUGAAAACGGGGAGCGUGCCUACACCGUGAACCAUGAGACCAGCCACCCGCCACCCUCCAAAGUCUUUGUCUGUGACAAGCCUGAGAGCGUGAAGGAACCCUCCCUGGACGGCAUUUCCAGCCGCCCGCUGUCAGUCAGCUCCACCGAGAUCAGACAGCAGGUUACGGACCAGGACCUCCAGGGGGUCCCAGGUAAAACCUGCAGCUUCAGUGAGCCAUCUCCGGAAUCUUCCAUCUUAGCCAGAAAGGACAACCACAGGUCCAAUUCUUUGUCAAUCAAGAAAACGGUACACUUUGAGGCUGACACCUAUAAGGAUGCUUCAUGCAGCAAGGACCCUUUCCACAGUCAAGACUUUGGCUUCGAAGGGAGCCUGAGAGGGACGAAGGAGUUAUUGAAGCAGGAUGGACACGUCUUGGAGGUCACGGAGGAAAAGCCCAAACAGGAAGCCCCCAAGGUCCAAGAGUCAGCUCCCAGGAAGGCCCCGGGUGAUGUUUGCUUGGCGGACAGUAAGCUCGGUCGUUCGCAGACUCCCCCCUGGAAUGGGGCGUCGGAGCGCGCGGCCAGCCAGGGGGAAGAGAACCGUCCCCUUUCGCCCCUUGGAGAGGAUACUGGGAUGGCCGAUUCCUUGGAGAUCAAGGUCAAGCUGCAGACCGUGGACGCUCUGGACGAAGAGGACGAUUUUGAAGGCAUUCCGCUAAAAGCCUCCAAGUUUAACAGUGACCUAGUCGAUUUUGCCACAACCAGCCAGGCCUUCAGUGAGGACCCUUCUGCUCCUGAGAAGAAGCCUGCCCAGGGCGAGGGUCCCGAGGAGCACGCCGAGAAACCGGGGAAACGCAGGAGUAAGUCUGCCCACAAAAAGGAAGAUUCGGAUGGGCCCCCGGGGGUGCCGGGGCAAGAAGACAAAGACUACUUUUUGGCGCCGGAGGAGGAGCCGGCGGAUAAAAAGCCAGAGGUGUACGAAAAGGCCAAGUGCAAGUCCCCGCGUCGCGGGCGCGGCGAGGACGAGGCGGAGGCCGAAGCGCCCGGGGAGCUGGGCGCAGACCUGCCGCCCACGCCGCCCAGCAGCCGGGUGAGCCUGGAGACGCUGGGCAGCGGCAGCCACAGCGAGGAGGGCCUGGACUUCAAGCCCUCGCCGCCCCUCUCCAAGGUCUCCGUCAUCCCCCACGACCUCUUCUACUACCCGCAUUACGAGGUGCCCCUGGCCGCCGUGCUGGAGGCUUACGCCGAAGGCACGGAGGAUUUUAAAAACGAAGAGAUGGACUUUGAAGAGCCGGAGGACUUCCUGUACGACCUGGAGCCCAGAGACGACGCCGCCGAGGAGCCCGAGGAGCCCGAGGCCUCCGAGAGCAGCGGGAGCUUCUCGGGGCUGGGCGAGGACUUCCCCUACUCGGCCAUGGAGGAGCCUGCUCCGGACAGGGCUGCNNAACCCGCUCCCCCACCCGCCCGGGACCCCCAGCCGAGGGACGCCGCGGACAGUGCCCCUGCGGAGAGCCAGCAGGAACCCCCAAACUCAGAAAACUUAGCGAAACCUCUGGAAGAAAAGGGGGUGGAAGAAUCGGUCAGCAGUAAGAAGAAGGAGAAGAAAAAACACGUGGACCACGUGGAAAGCUCAGUAUUUACAACUGUUCGAUCCUCAGAUGACCUAGAAGACGAGCCUGGUGCCCACAGGGUCCUCUCCAGGACUAGCCACAGCGACUCCAGCAUUUACAUUCGACGACAUACUAACAGGUCUUUGGAAUCGGAUCAUUCUAGCUAUGUUCAGUUGAGGAAUGCAGCCGAUCUGGAUGACAGGAGACACCGAAUGUUAACCAGGAAGGCCAGCCACUCCGGAGAAGCCACGCAGUGGGAGAGCCGGAGCCCGCAGAGCGACUCCCUGACCCAGCUCGUCCAGCAGCCCGACAUGAUGUACUUCAUCCUCCUGCUCUGGCUCCUGGUGUAUUGCCUGCUGCUCUUCCCCCAGCUGGACGUCACCAGGCUCUGAGGCGGCGCCGCGGGACCCGGCCGUGGCACUUCCUCCUGCUCCACUGUAUUUCGGGCUCUGGGCCGGGCACCCCUGCAGGCAGCUGAGGAUCCGCCAGGAGACGAAGACUCCUCGCUUUGGGGUUUUUCAUGUUUCCUUUCCUCCCGUGUGUCCUAAGCAUGCUUCCUCUCUGCUGCGCGCUCAGCACUCGGUGUGCCGGAUCCUUGGGCGGCUCUGUCCUGCGCGCCGCGCUUUGUCGGUCACUAGUAUCUACCGUAGCCCGGUCGUAGCCCGUCCCGGGCAGGUUCUUAAGGUCCUGGGUGGACUCAGUUACUUACCUCUCCGAGGAGAGUUCUCCUGAUGAGAAAGAGGGGGGCUGCCCCAGGCAGAGCCUCCACUGGGGAGAGAACUGCCACGGUU